UUUUGAGCUAAUUCGAAAGAAAUUUCGCUUUUUUAAGACUAGUUGACCGUUUAUCGAAUAUGCAUUAUUGCUAUAAUGAAGGCAUUAACUGAUGCAACCUGUGUUCGAGUUUUGACCAGUGAAAAGUUGCUUGUUGCAAUUGGAAAUAAUCUUAUGCUCUAUUAUGUCGAUGCCAAUGGGGCGACCAAAAGAAAGCAUGCAUUUACGACAGGAUUACAGUACAAAAUCAACGGAGUCGAAUUUCACACGGAUGAAAACUUUUGGCUAAUUGGUUUAUAUGCUGGUCCAAACAUUUUUACGGUUCGAUUAAGCAAGGACGUUGAAUUCAGUAAUCUAGUUUCCUCAUCACCGUGCAAUAACGUCACUGAAUUCCUGUUCUACCCGAAAGAGUUCAUCGCAUUAGUACAGUCCAAAAAUCGUUUGAAUGAUAGGAUUAGUUCUUUAAAAGUGAUUGAUAGUGAAACGAUCUGCUUCAUAACCAGUCACGGAGUGUUUGUUUUUCUUAGUCGAAUACAUUCUGGAGAAUGGUUUCCGGAUGAAUACUGCCCAUGUGAUGAUAGUUCUACAUUAUAUUGCUCGAGCAUCGUCGGCAAUAGCAAGCAGGAUCUGGUUUGCUUUAGUGGAACCGCCUUAGGAUUGUUGCUUAUCUGGAAACCAACGGGUCCGCAGAAAGGUCAAGUGCUGAACAGCAUUGGAGCUCAUAAUGGUGUGAUCUUUUCGAUUGCUUGUGAUCUGCAACGAGGCUUCAUAGCAACAACUUCCGAUGAUAGAUCAGUCAAACUCUGGAAGUUAACGGCAGAGUCCCAUGAAGAAAACAAAAUAGUACUGAAGGAAAGAUGGUACUGCCACGGUCACACAGCACGAGUGUUUCACUGUAGGAUAUUUUGUGACGCGGAAUCAAUGUGGAUUGUUUCCAUCGGAGAAGACAGCAAUAUGUGCCUUUGGGAUGAAUCGGGAAGUUUGCUAGUCAAAAAGCGUCUGGAAGACGGGUCAACGCUGUGGAGUUCAGACUACGACGCAAUGACGAAAUCGCUGUUUGUUUCCGCUAGUAACGGAAAUGUUGCUACAGUUUGUUUGCAAAACUAUUUGAAUCGAAAUACGGCCGACACAACAAUGCAAGCUGUAUUAGUAGAUAUUAACAGGGAAAAACUAUCGAAAGUAAAGUUUUUGGCCGAUGGAAGCCUAGCGGCAGUUUCAGACCAUGGAAAAGUCAUCGUUUUGCGAGACGCUUUGCAAACGGUAGACGUCGUCGAUUGCCUAGAAACGUUCAAAUGUAGCAUAUUAGAUGCAAGCGGCGAUGAAAUCUAUGUUGCCGGGGACAAUUUUUUGAACAUCUACAGAGCAGCCUCCGAAAAGGGAACUUCUGUGGUGUUAAAAAAGCUUGUACUAAGCUUCGACCGUGAAGAAUUCCUAUCCGAAACGGAACCAGUUAAAUUUAGUAUCAUUCGAUCAUUGCACUUUUGCCGGAAAAAGGAUUUCAUUGUGUGUGACAAUAACGGGAGGUGUCUGGUGUACAGUCGGGGUGCGGAUGCGCUUAAAUCUUGCCACCGAUUGCCGAAAACCAAGGAGCGGUGGCUAACUUCUGUUUAUGGCAUCGAAAACUUUUUGCUGCUUGCGGAUAGAGCCGGUAAUUUAUGGUUGUAUGAAGAGCAUAGUUCUGAACCGAUCGACAAAUUGCUCUGUCUCCAUGGAAAGCUGGGAAUCACCGAUAUUCAGUUAGAAGAACAAACCCAAGUCGGUUGCUUUUUUCUGUCUUCUGGUCAUGACGGUCAUCUGAGAUCGUUUUUCUUGGAUUAUCCUCGACGUAGGUUGCAAAUUUAUGGAAGUGAGAGAACGCCUAUCAAUUGGAUUGAUCGAAUAUACAUGAAACCGGAACAGCUUGUAGUUGGAUUCAAUGAAAAUCGAUUUGUGGUGUGUAAUUUUCAAAAGGAAGUCUUAUUCGAAGUGGACUGUGGCGGAGGUCACCGUUAUUGGGAUUGCAUCCGUGAAGAUGCCAGUGAUGCCUACUGCUUAGUGUGUAUAAAACAUAAACAGUUGAAGACUGUCAGGUUUUCUUCUAGGUUGCGCUCAAAUAACUUGCUAAAAAUACCUCAAUACCGCUGUCACAGCAAAGCCUGCAAUGUAGUACAAAUUGUGAAAACAAGUGAUGCUUGUCUAAUUAUUAGCGGUGGAGAAGACAACUUACUGCUUGUCAAUAAGUUUAGUUUGGAAACGGGACAAUUAUUGGAUUAUCCUCGUGGGUCAGUAGUCAGCAGUCACAUUUCAAGCAUCAAAUCGAUAUGCUACAGCUACCGAUUGGUAAACGAAUGUGGAAAAAUUCUAAUCAUUUCUUCUGGAGGUCGUGCUCAAAUUUGCUUAACAACAUUGGACGAAACAACUUUGCGCACCAAGAACGAAUUGAAUUACAUGCUGAAGUCCAGUGAUCAAGAUAGAUCCCGAUGGCGGAGUAAUCGCAAUGCAUCCUUCGAUCCAGAAACCCGCUUUAUGUGCAGUGUUUUUAUCGAGUCUGACAGCGGUCUAUUAGUCGGUUGUUCGGAUGGAUUUCUGCGUUAUUUUAAGAUUAUAAAUGACGACGGGAAAUACCAAAUCGAACUGGUUAAAGAAGUAAACUAUGGACGCUGUUUUCUGCACGUCACAAGCUUGUCGAUAGCGGGACACUUAGUGUUUUUGACAAUGGCAACCGACGGUUUUGUUUGCUUCUGGAAUGGACAGGAUUUAGAAACACCUUUCUACAAACUACAGCACCAUGCAAGCGGCAUCAAUGGCUUUGAUAUACGAUCGAGCGGCGAUGGUUGGUUUAUGAUUGCCACCGGAGGAGAUGAUCAGGCGGUAGCAGUUUCAAAGUGUCGACUAAGCUUAGUGGGAAGCGGUAAACUUAGUUUUCAAUUGCUGAGCACUGUUAUUCAGCCGAAUGUCCACCUGGGACAAAUCACUGGCGUUCGUUUCGAGAACGAUAAUACUUUAUUGAGUGUUGGAAUCGAUCAAAUGAUUUACAGGAUAUGCUUGAACAACUUAGUCGUCACCCAAAAGUGGUUCAGUUGCAUAUCCGACGUCAAAGGAAUUGAAAGGAUAGCUGACACAAGCAAGAUCUUCGUGUACGGAUGUGGUUUUGAAUUUUUGAAUGUUCAAACCUUCGAAAAAUAGGCGGAUAAUUAAAUGAUAAAAUAAUGUUACGCUUAACGAAAUAGAUUAUAUUAUUUAGAAAGUGUUUCAGUGAAAAAAGUGGCAAAUGUUUUACGACAACGCAGUACUAAUUUUUAUUUUUUGUUGGGAACUA